AUGGUUGAACGUACUGACUCACAAGUACUUGCAGGAAUCGGUUUAUCAACAGAAUUUCUUUUAAUUGUCUAUGCGAUUACGAAUAAUUUAACGUCACUCGCUUGUCACAUUCAAGGUUUGAGUUUAACACGUGGUAUUCUUGCUCAAUCGAUAGCUAUGCCAUUCAUAACAUCACAAGUACGAGAUAUUUUCAAAUGGAAGAAACAAAUUAAUCCUACUACGAAUGUCGAAACUGUUCUAGAACCGAAAGUAGUAACACAUGUAACAACAAUACAUGACCUUAAAAUAUCUACAUGCAUGUUAAUCUUCUCAUGA